UUUGUUUGAUGCAGAAGACAGGUCUUUUGGAUAUCAAAGCAAAUAUUGCAGCUGGUAAUGGAAGAUGCUAUUGACGACUGGCUUUUGAGACAAAUUUAUUGGCUUCGAAGGGAAGACAUUAUUGCUCAAGGAAUUUGGUGGAUUCAAGAUGCUCUCUGGCCGGGUGGCACAUUUUUUACAAGAGUGGGGAAUAUUCAAAGCAAACUUGAUGAUGCUCAAGCAGACCUGAACUUUUUUCAGGGUGGAAAUCAGUCUGGUGGCCAUAGGGCCUCAAAGUCAGUGUCCUUUGAGGAACAACUUGAAGCUGCUCGGAGAGCAAGUGAUGUCAAGAAAAUGCUCUUAGAGGGAGCUCCAACUACCUUGGUCAGCUUGAUUGGGCCUAAGCAGUACAAGCGGUGUGCCAAGGACAUAUAUUAUUUUACUCAGGUUAGUCCCCUUACUCGAUUGUGCCAUGUGCUGCAGCACUUGUUUUUUCUCUCUUUUUUCCUGUGCUUAUAAAUUGUCUUUCUGCCC